AUAUAGACACGCGCUGUGCUUCAGCUUUAUCAAGAACCCUUCGACCCCUUAGCCAUCACUUUCAAUAUGCUCGCAUCUACAAUCCGCCGGGCCGCUCCCGCUUGCGCCGCUCGCGCGCCAGCUAUGCGGGCUGCCCGUGUGGUCGUGCGUCGUGGUCGUGGAUUGGUCGCGCGCUGCUUUGCUUCAGCCGCCGAGGUGAAGAUCGCGAUCGAGGGCAUGAUGUGCGAUGGCUGCUCGGGCCGCAUCGAAAAGGUCCUGAAGGGCAUGGAGACGGUGAAAAGCGUCGUGGUGUCUCUGGAGGGCAAGUCUGCCACGGUGGAGCUGUCGCAGGCCGACGCCGCCUCCGCCCAGGCCAAGGCCGCGGCGGCGGAGCUAGUGGACACCAUCAACAGCCUGGGCUUUGAGGCAAAGCUGGCGCAGUGAGGAGACAAAGCGGGCGAAGUAAGGAGAAAAUGUUAUAAUGCUAAGGCGGUAAAUCUUUGUUGAGGGUCUGUCAAGAGGAGUAGGGAGCAAGUGGCGCCAUUCGGCAAUGUCGACAUGACCAGUCAUGUGUAGUACGGUACUGAGGCAAGCACAUCGGAGAUUCGCUGUGGCGAGGAGUGCAGCAAGUGUUGCCCUACGCAGGAAAGGCAGGCUCGAAAGGGGCGGUUACGGUUGUGAUGCGGGCAGUAGCUUACAGGCCAGAAGGCACCUGUCUGGAGUGGCGGGGACGGCACUGUGGGCAGGCUCACCUCUUGCAAUGUUGUUGGUACCGGACAUGGCACGUGUGGUGCAUGGUUGACUAGGGUGUCCAGGUCCAGACGUUGGUAGGGCGCUUUAGGUACUGCUAAAUGGGACUGGUUGGUUCGAAUUGUGGAGGCCGGGGAAACAGAAACAAUGCGUUCAGGAGACACGUACAGAGGGUGGCGACAUGUGUUGUUAUCGGUGGUUCGCAGGGCGAUUGAGAUAUGUAGUGCUCUCCUCCGUACAGUCAUUCGCCCUGCGGCCCUGACGUUUGGGGGUGGCCGGGGUGGGUGAUGGGGUCGAGUGCUGGGAUUGUAGCCGGCGCUCGAGCUGGUGCGGUGAGCGGUGGAGCAGCGGGUGGCGGGGUUGGUGGUGUGGGAGGGCCACGGCGAGGCACUGGUGCAGGAGGGUUGCUGAGAGGCUGCUCAGCGCUUGGGUUUGCUGUACGGGUUCCCCUGGCCGACCUGCAACCCAAAUUGAUGAAGAUGCUUCAAGGAAACUAUUGCGCAUGAUGCCCAACACCUCAUCUCGUGCCGUGGUCGUGGCUCGUGUCAAUACCCGGUGUACAGAAAUCCAUUCCCGGUGAUGAAGGCGACCCUGCCCCCGCUCUAGGCGUCCGAAUGCAGUAGGGUUGCGACAGGGGCAACAGGUGGCACGUAGCCCAGGGCCCCGUGCUGUGAGGGCUCUUGAGAUGACGGGGGCUGGCCAUGCAUCCCACCGUUGGCAUUUUACGU